AUGGCGAAUCAUAUGAAAGCAAGUGGAGGAACCGAUGGACCCAGUGGACCUAAUGCGAAUGCCACCGGGUCUGGUGAUCCUUUUUUGGACAUACCUGAAAUGGAUGCUGUUGACUCUCUGUUGAGUAGCAACAAUCAAUUACAACCAACAAUAACGACUCCCAGUUCCAUUACAACUACUCCAAAUAGUAAGGUGCUCAAUCCAGAUGUAUCUGUAUUAGCCAUAUAUGGAAAUGAUGCUAGUAAUAGUUAUACAUUGUCUAAAGUGGCAGAUGAUACGGUCAAGCACGAGAGUCAUAUAGAUAUGACUGCCCCAAAGGAGUAUUACGUCAAUAACAAGCACGACGACGAACAAUUGAACAAGAUGAUAUCGUUACGUAAGCCGAAAGGUAAAAAGAUUGGAUUGAGUUCGUCGAAACGGCCUGCCUUUGUGAUGAAAUUAUGGAAUAUGGUGAACGAUAAGGCCAAUAAGAAGUAUAUUCGAUGGAUUCCAGAUGGAAAGGCAUUCCAGGUUAGUGAUCGAGAGAGCUUUAUGAAGUAUGUUCUUCCCAAAUACUUCAAGCACAACAAUUUUGCGUCUUUUGUGAGGCAGUUAAACAUGUAUGGCUGGCACAAGAUUCAGGAUAUUAACUCUGGAUCGUUAAUUCAGGGAGAUGAGGUGUGGCAGUUCGAAAACCCGAACUUUGUAGAGAGUCGAGAGGAUUUAUUGGACAACAUUGUUCGAAAUAAGCCUUCCAAAGAGUCUGGUGAUGAUGAUAUUGAUAUUAGCGCACUUCUGGCUCAGCUGGAAGCAAUGCGUAAGAGCCAAAAGAUGAUUGAGGAUGAUCUCAGUCGGGUUCGGCAGGAUAAUGAGAUGCUCUGGAAAGAGAAUUAUCUGGCUCGUGAGCGUCAUAAAGCACAAUCGGAGACUCUAGAGAAGAUUCUAAGGUUUUUGGCUACUGUCUACGGUAAUAGCAGUACAAAGCUUUUGGAGAGUAUGAACGUUGGAAGUGGUGGUGGUGGUGCAGAUGCUCUUGACUUUGUUGCCAAGAACUCUCCCGCUGUUCAGAAUCAAAAUCUCUUUGAUUAUCAUUAUGGUGAUUCUUCUUUCCUGGCUGCAUCACCUACAGCAGCUGCAAAUGGAAAUAGAUUGAUGAUUAGCAACAAGGCAUAUACACCGCAUCCUUCUGGAAGCGUUAUUUCGUUGGCAGCCAGUUCAAGGACCCCUCACAGUACGGCUAUUGCAGAGGAAUCGCCUUUUCAAAGCAUUCAGGACAUUCAGGACAUCCAGGACAUCCAAGAAAUCCAUAGGGGUCCAGAGAACAGAAAUUUAGACACUUAUCCUAAUUCUCAGUUGAAUAUCGGUCAAUCUCCUCAACUGGUUAAUUCUCCAAGAGGUUAUUUCCCUGAACUUCCCACCACGCCUCUAAUUCAAUAUCGUCCUUUAUCUGAUCUUCCUCAGGAGACUUCGCAAGUUCAGCCGGUUCUGCCGGUUCAGCCGGUUCAGCUGCUUCAGCCGGUACAACCAGUUCAGCCGGUCCAACAAGUUCAGCUGGUCCAGCCAGCUCAAUCAGUCCAACCUGCUCAACCAGCUCAAUCGGUUCAACCAGCACAGCUCUCUAAUCCCGGUAGAGGCCGUAGUUCUUCUCUCUCAUCGAACCCUGAAGAAUUAAUGGGUAAUAUACAUAGUCAGCUCAACAAAAACCAAGGAACUUUGAAACAGAUGAACGAAUGGAUCAGUAAAUUGUCAGGAAAGCCCAGUGAGGAUAUCCUGGAUAACAAUCAAGACGAUCUUAAUGGUCUAUUGAUGCCCCAAUCGUUUGAUUUAGAUGGAAGUGGCCUAGAUCUGCCUAGCAACAAGAUUAACGAGCUGUAUGAUGGUAUUCGUUCUGGCCUCGAUAUCAACUCACCCACAGAUACCACACAAUCGGCACAGACGGUACCGGUUGCCAAAAAGAGGAAAGCUGGCCAGUCUUCUGAGCCUGUCAAGCGUAAGAAGUGA